AUGGAGAACAUGAUGCAGGGCAAUAAGAUCAGACGAGUUGCAGCUACUCGCAUGAAUGAGAGGUCAUCUCGAUCACACACGAUUUUCCGGAUUAUUCUGGAGUCGAAAGAUGCCAAUCAGAAAGAUGGACCUGUACAUAUAAGCUACCUUAACUUAAUGGACUUAGCUGGUUCUGAGAGAGUUUCUCUGACGAAAGCUGCUGGUGAGCGUCUUAAAGAGGGGGCUAACAUAAACAAAUCUUUGUCAGUAUUAGGAAAUGUGAUAAGGCAACUAAGCGAGGGGAAGGAGUUUAUCAGUUAUCGCGAUUCGAAAUUGACUAGACUGCUCUCACAGGCUCUUGGCGGUAAUGCCAAAUCAUUGAUUAUCGGGAAUAUCAGACCAAUGAUCCACCGCGAAGUAGCCGAUGGUCUAGAGCGUCUUUGGAACGUAAGAGUAAACUGCAUAUGGGAAGCCGAUGAAAGUAGUCGCCAUGGAGAGGUUUAUAUAUUCGACCAUGUAUUUAAGCAGGAAUGUACAAAUUCAGAUGUAUAUGGAUCUGUAGUAAAACCUUUAGUCGAUUCCUUCAUGGAAGGUUUCAAUGCCACAAUAUUUGCAUAUGGCCAAACAUCUUCUGGCAAAACACACACCAUUUUGGGCAAUAAAACAGAUCCUGGGCUUUUCCAAUUAGUAUCCAAUCAGUUAUUCCAGCAUGUGGCAGACCAGGUUGAUAAGAGGUACUUGAUUAGAUGCAGUUAUAUUGAAAUCUACAAUGAAAAGAUCAAUGACCUCCUGGAUAAGAGCAAUCAGGGUUUAACUAUAAGAGAAGAUAUCAAAGGAAAUGUGCUGCUUGAUGCAAGGGAAGCUGUCGUAGACAAUGUUGAUAAAGUUAUGGAGAACAUGAUGCAGGGCAAUAAGAUCAGACGAGUUGCAGCUACUCGCAUGAAUGAGAGGUCAUCUCGAUCACACACGAUUUUCCGGAUUAUUCUGGAGUCGAAAGAUGCCAAUCAGAAAGAUGGACCUGUACAUAUAAGCUACCUUAACUUAAUGGACUUAGCUGGUUCUGAGAGAGUUUCUCUGACGAAAGCUGCUGGUGAGCGUCUUAAAGAGGGGGCUAACAUAAACAAAUCUUUGUCAGUAUUAGGAAAUGUGAUAAGGCAACUAAGCGAGGGGAAGGAGUUUAUCAGUUAUCGCGAUUCGAAAUUGACUAGACUGCUCUCACAGGCUCUUGGCGGUAAUGCCAAAUCAUUGAUUAUCGGGAAUAUCAGACCAAUGAUCCACCGCGAAGUAGCCGAUGGUCUAGAGCGUCUUUGGAACGUAAGAGUAAACUGCAUAUGGGAAGCCGAUGAAAGUAGUCGCCAUGGAGAGGUUUAUAUAUUCGACCAUGUAUUUAAGCAGGAAUGUACAAAUUCAGAUGUAUAUGGAUCUGUAGUAAAACCUUUAGUCGAUUCCUUCAUGGAAGGUUUCAAUGCCACAAUAUUUGCAUAUGGCCAAACAUCUUCUGGCAAAACACACACCAUUUUGGGCAAUAAAACAGAUCCUGGGCUUUUCCAAUUAGUAUCCAAUCAGUUAUUCCAGCAUGUGGCAGACCAGGUUGAUAAGAGGUACUUGAUUAGAUGCAGUUAUAUUGAAAUCUACAAUGAAAAGAUCAAUGACCUCCUGGAUAAGAGCAAUCAGGGUUUAACUAUGAGAAGAUAUCAAAGGAAAUGUGCUGCUUGA